AUGUAAUAAUAAGUAAAAAUCUAAAAAAAAGAAAAAAAUUAAUAAAUUAUAAAAUUCACUUCUUCUGUGUUCUCUUGGUCACUCCUAAACGCCCCAGAUCUACGAUCGACACUCUUGUACUCAGUCACCAUCAUCGGUUGGUGGAUCCGCGCCGGAGGAUCCUUGAGUCUUGAGCCUUGAGCCUUGAGCCUUGAGAAGAAGCUACAGGAUCUCUCUGGUCUGAUUAAAGCUUCCCUGCCCAUGAAAGAAAAUCCCAACACAUUAACAUUUGAAUUAGUCACUUCAGGAUAUUCAAAACUGGGUUUCUUUCUUCGAUCAUCAUCAAAUUAAGAUAAGAUUAUUGUGGUUAAUCUGGUUCUGAACGCAUAGUGAGAACAACAAUGAGGAGGAGACCUGGAAUUGGUGGCUUACAGACGGCAGCUGCUGCUAGGGAUCAAUACCGAGUGCUUGGAGAAAAUGUGGCCAGGAUUCGAACUGAUCUCAUGAAGGAGCAGCUUGCCACUUUUCGCUCCCAAUUAGAAGAUUUCGCUCGCAAGCAUAAGAAUGAUAUUCGGAAGAAUCCUGCGUUCAGAUCACAAUUCCAUGAGAUGUGUACAAAAGUUGGAGUAGACCCCUUAGCUUCAAAUAAGGGUUUCUGGGCUGAGCUCUUGGGCAUUGGUGAUUUCUACUACGAACUUGGUGUUCAAAUUGUUGAUAUUUGUCUGGCGACAAGGCCUCACAAUGGAGGUUUGAUCAACUUACAAGAACUCUGCAACCUGCUUCGUCGGAGGCGAAAGACUGAUCGAGAAGCUGUCUCUGAGGAUGACUGCCUAAGAGCUAUAAGUAAACUCAAGGUUCUAGGGAGUGGUUUUGAGGUGAUUUCUGUUGGAAGAAAAAAGCUUGUUCGUUCUGUUCCAACAGAGUUGAACAAAGACCAUAAUGAAAUUUUGGAGCUUGCCCAGGCUCAAGGUUUUGUUACCAUUGAUGAAGUGGAAAGGCGGCUCUCUUGGACAUCUGGUCGUGCAACAGAUGCACUUGAUACUUUGCUAGAUGAAGGUCUUGCAAUGAUUGAUGAUGGGCAUAGAGAUGGAAGACGCCGGUACUGGUUCCCCUGCAUUUCUCCGAUUGCAUCAUCACUAGAAGCAGAUUGUUAACAGAUGUGGUUUGCAAAGUGGGGUAUGGGAAAAUGGAUUUUAUGGACUUUGAAGAUGCUCUUGGUUUACAAAGAGACGCUGAAGAGAAAGGCGGAGGAUCAAGGUGCCGAGUUUCUAUUGUAUGAUCCUUUAAAAGGAGAGUGGAGGUUUCGGGUGAGUCACUUGAGUGAAUACAAUACAAGUUGAUGGAGGAAGAGGAAGAGGAAGAGGAAGAUGGUGUUUAUGUCCAAGAUGGCUUUGCUUAGAUGUUUGGAGAUUUCACUCGGUUUGUUUUUUGUGAUUGUGUAUUGAAAGUAUUUUCCUGGUUGAGGAUUGAUUGCUUUAUUAAUAUGUAUGAAGUUUAGGGAGACUUGAUGAUAGUACUUGCUUCAGCCAUAGCAGCACUGUAUUGUAUAUCUCAACUGUCAAGCAUUGUUGUGCUUUAGAUUUUGCUUUUCUUUUUUUGUCCAUUUUCUGGGUUGUUAGUGGGAUUCAUUCAAUUCAACUUAGGGCUCAUCAAAAGGGAAUGAUGUAAAACACUACCUGUCGAAUUUUGUGUCCAAUUAAUGUGAAAUUCCAUAAUAUUUAAAAA